UUUUUUCAUUACUGCUCUCUCUGCUACAAUAAAGUAAACAAAUCCAAAUUCAACAUUCAUCCCUCUCAGCCAACCCCACCGUCCACCUUCCUGAUUCUGCGAGAUUGCUCGUGAUCGAUGAUUCUGGAGUUUGGUCUGACUGGGAUUCCCCGCUGCCAAAAUUUUAGAUUUUUUUAGGGUUCUUCUUUUUCUCUCAAAUGGAGAAUAUUGAGACUCUGCUAGCUGCUGUAGCUCAGACGCAAGGGUUUGAUGACGAUGAUGAUGAGCCGGUUGCUUCUACGCCGUCGGUGGAGAAUUCCGCGUCUGCGCCGGUCACUCAGCUGGUUGCUGCAGAUGUUCGGCCUUCUCCGGCGGUGGGGCAGGUGAUCGGCGCCGGGGAGAAGCGGAAGAGAGGGCGGCCGCCCAAGGCGCAGCUCGCGGUCAAUCCUCCGCCGCCUAAGCGGAUUAAAGUUGAGGAUGAGGAGGAAGAUGUUUGCUUUAUUUGCUUCGAUGGUGGUUCUUUGGUGCUCUGCGAUCGCAAGGGUUGUCCAAAAGCGUAUCAUCCGGCAUGUAUUAAGCGAGAUGAAGCAUUUUUUCAGUCGAAAGCAAAGUGGAACUGCGGGUGGCACAUAUGCAGUGUAUGUCGAAAGGCUUCUUAUUUUACGUGCUACACUUGCACUUAUUCAUUGUGCAAGUCGUGUAUCAAGAAAGAAGAUUUCUUGUGUGUUAGAGGAAACAAAGGGUUUUGCUCGACAUGCAUCAAACCUAUCAUGCUAAUUGAAAAUAAAGACCAAGCAACUAAUGACUCGAUUAAAGUAGAUUUUGAUGACAAACUUAGCUGGGAGUAUCUCUUCAAAAUGUAUUGGCUACUCUUAAAAGAGAAGUUGUCAUUAACAUUGAGUGAGAUCACUCAAGCUAAAAACCCCUGGAAAAUUGUGGCUACGGAAGCUUGCAAGCCGCAGUUCAAUAAUGUGCUUCCUGCGGCAGUUGGUGGAGAAGUUUCUGAGUCAAAUAGGAGUACUGAACACUUGGAGCUGAACAAGCCCCAUGUAGAUGCUAAUUUUGUACAAAAUGAUGGAUUAAGGACAUCAAGCAAUGGUAACCAUGUGGGGAAACGACACGGCGACAAGGAGGAAAUGAGGUCAAGUUGCAACAACGAUACUUUAAAACCAAACACGGACAUAGUCACUGAUCAGACACGUACUGACAAAGACACAAGUGACCCAGUCGUCGAGAAGGACCUAGAUAAUUCUAGCACUGUCAAAGAUACCGACAUGUCAUGCAUCACCAAAAACACGAAUACCAGAGAGUCAGACAAGCCAGCAAGUGACAGUGAAUGGGCAUCUAAAGACCUAUUGGAGUUUGUUGCACACAUGAAGAAUGGGGAUACAUCAGCUAUAUUGCAGUUUGAUGUCCAAACACUAUUGCUUGAAUACAUAAAGAGAAACAACCUCCGGGAUCCACGACGGAAGAGUCAAAUUAUAUGUGAUCAAAGGCUAAAAAGUUUAUUUGGAAAGCCACGUGUUGGUCACAUUGAAAUGCUGAAGCUUCUUGAGUUUCACUUUCUCAUCAAGGAGGAUUCUCACAAAAAUUCUUUUAUUCCUGCUGGAUUUGUUAGUUCUAUGGCAAAUGACGUGGAGAGUGAUGGCAAAAUGUUUGGGUUGGCAAUGCCGGUUAACAGUAGAAAGCGAAAAACUCGUAAGAAGAGUGAAGACAGAGCCCCACACCAUGAUUUAAACGAAUAUGCUGCAAUUGAUGUCUAUAACAUUAGUUUGAUCUAUUUGCGGCGUAAUUUGAUGGAGAAUCUUUUAGAUGAUCGUGAGAAUUUCAAUAAUAAUGUUGUUGGUUCUAUUGUGAGGAUUAGAAUAUCAACUAAUGAUCAGAAGCCUGAAGUUAACAGGCUUGUCCAAGUUGUAGGGACUAGUAAGGUGGCUGAGCCCUAUAAAAUUGGCAACAGGACAGCAGAUGUCAUGCUUGAAGUUUCAAAUUUAGACAAGAAAGAAGUUGUGUCAAUUGAUGGCAUUUCAAAUCAAGAGUUUACUGAGGAAGAAUGCAGAAGGCUACGUCAAAGCAUUAGAUGUGGUCUUGUGAAACAUUUUACCAUUGGCGAGGUGCAAAAGAAAGCUGUGGUGCUCCAAUCGGUCAGGGUUAAGGACUGGCUGGAAGCAGAGGUUUUAAAGCUAAAUCAUCUUAGAGAUCGAGCUAGCGAGAAGGGGCAUAAGAAAGAGCUUAGAGAAUGUGUGGACAAAUUGCAGCUGCUAAAAUCCCCUGAGGAGCGCAAGCGCAGAAUUUCUGAAGUUCCAGAGAUACAUGCUGAUCCAAAAAUGAAUCCAGAUUAUGAAUCCGAAGAAGAUAACAGAAGUGGUGGCGAUGGUAAAAAAGAUGAAUACGUGAGGCCAAGCUACUUUCGAUUCCCUCGAAAUGCACAAAAGACGAGUUCCAGUAAGCAAGGUAAAGAAGAGCGAUCUACUGAGGCAAAGAACAAAAUAAUCGAGAAAACCGAUGCCAGCGGAUCAAGUAGUGGUAGGAAUGAUCAAGCCAUGCAAAGGUCUGGCUUAGAGACGUCGACUGCAACUGCCUUCACGGGAAGCUCGCCAUCAGCUGAUAAUAUAGAAACUGAGAAACUGUGGCAUUAUCGCGAUCCUAAUGGUAAGAUUCAAGGACCAUUUUCCAUGAUGCAGCUGCGGAAGUGGAGUACAACCGGACUCUUUCCACCUGAUAUGAGGAUAUGGACGAAUCAUGAGCAAUACGACUCAUUACUUCUCACUGAUGCUUUGAGUGGGAAACUCCAUGCAGCAUCAGAUUUAUCACAUGCACUGUCUUCAGGUUCAUGUGGAAACAAGCCUCCCGAGGGAAUUGGUGUAAGGGAGGGCACUGACGGGACCAGUAAAGAUAGUAAUAAACAAGCAGAGGCUACUGGAGUUAUGAAGGUGGACGAGGCAGGCUCUUCUGGCUGGCCACAAUGUUGGGAUUUGCUCAAGGAUAGUAGUUCCAGUGUUAAUGAUGUCAAACCGCGUAAUUUGCCUCCUCCAUCAAGCUCUGGAACGAGACAUGCAGCUUUGACUGAUCGAUGCCAGGGGGGAGAUGAUCCCAACCGGGGUUCCCAAACCGGAGAAAAGACCUCAGUCGGGUUAACUCAAAGCCCUAUUAUGACUAGUGGGCACGAACAUCAGAGUCGGUCUAAUAAUGAGGACCGGGCAAGGAAGCCUUAUGAAGAGAAUUCGAGAUCUUUAAUUAUUGAUUUGAGCUCAAAUAAUAUCGAAUCUGGAUCCGUUUCUGCACCCGUGCUAGAGCCACCCGACUCGAGUAAACAGGCUGAGGAUGUAGAUAUCUUGUUUCUCCCUAGUCCUACUCCGAAGGUUGAAAACCAGUCAUUUGUAUCUGCAGAUGUCCCUCAGCAGAAUUCUGGUGUUUUGGAGCUGCUAAGUCCUACACCAAAAUCUAACAAUGAAAAUGAGGGAGCUCAGGCAACUCAGACCAAGCCAGACGGGUUUGUAAAUCUCCUCGUGUCGAACUCAGGGCCGGGCUGGAACGCUAGCGUGCAACUUCCAGAAGUAGACGACGAAUGGUGUGGAUAUUCUCCGACGCCUGCAAGACCAUCUGUCCAGGAAUGGGAUCCGGGCCUCGUCUCUGCAUCUCCUUCGAAACCUCCCGAAGUGAAGAUUGAGAUCAUUGACACUUCGCCACCAGAUUCUUCGACCCAUCAUCCUAUGUCGAACAUGCCUAAUUGGCUUGCAAUAAUGAAUGAGCCGAUCGAGUUUGUUGCUUUAGGGGAAGAUUCAGUGUCAGACUUGUUAGCUGAAGUCGAUGCAAUGGAAUCGCAAGGGACGUUACCUUCACCUACUUCUGCUAUCAAGUUUGCUAGGGAAUUGCUCGAAGAUUGUAAAGAUGAUUGCUUCAGUUCAAUUGAGGAAUUCAGUUCGUCAACGGAACCUCGAAGGAGUGAUGCAGUGAGCUCCACCAGCGACGUGCACUUGAGUUCCCGGUCGUCGGAGCCAAGCAAGCUGAACGGGACGUCUCCGGUUGACGCCUUCGAUUUCUUCCGGAGGUCGAGUGUGAACUCAUCUGCAAGCAGUGAGGGGGAGACGAAUGCUCCGGUCCAUUCCAGUGACACCGGUUCAGAGUUUCACCCCCCAUCGCUGACCUACGCAAAUCAAGAGAUCACCGGUGCGACCAUGGCUCCCGGAACGGUGUCCGACGGAUCGGACCCUGGGUGGGGAACACUGCAGGGCAACAUGGGUAACAUCAACCUGGUGACAGUGCAAGGUAAUGUGAACCUUGUCCUCGGGGGACCUGGCCAGGGAAUGGCGAACCUUGGCUGGGGAACGAACGCAGGACCCACCUGGGCGAACCCGAGCACCAACCGCAGCCCAAGGAACGGAAGCUUGCCGUGGGACGGCCAGCGGAAAUAUGGCAGCGAGAGGUUCAGCAGUCCUAGAGAAUGGGGUGGUUACCAAGGUGGUGAAGCAGGAUUUGGGAGGGGCAGGCCGCCGUGGGGUCGGCAGCCAUACGGCGGCGGCGGCGGUGGAUAUUCCCGGCCACCGCCGAAAGGGCAGAGGGUAUGUAAAUUCUACGAGGGUGGUCACUGUAAAAAGGGCGCUUUCUGUGAUUACCUACAUCCAUGAUUUGCGCACUUUCUUCAACAAUUUGUUGCAGAUAAUUUUUUGUACAAUUAAUUGUUAGGGCCCGGGAAAUCACUCUGUAGGUCAUCUAGUUUUUUUUUUAAUGGUUCAUUGAAGCCAUAAUUUGUCAGCUCUAUAUGUAGAUUUGUACUCUCGCGCAUACAAAAAUAGUUCCACGUUCCUUUUAUCAAUAAGAUUUUAAUAUUUUUUAAA